CACAUUGGGUAAGCGGACGCAUUUGGUACCUACUUCGGCACAAGCAGGAGGGGAAGAUGCGCGCGGUGGUGGCGGUGCUGAGUGCGCUGCUGGCGGCAGCGGUGCUGUCCGCCGUGGCCUCGGAGCCGGCGACUCUGGUCCAGGAGCCGGUGCGGACCGAGUCCCUUUUGAUGAAACCGAAGGUGAUGAUCGCAAUCGUGGCUCGCAACGCCGCGCACAGCCUGGCACACUACCUGGGCUGCAUCGAGAGGCUGGAGUACCCGAAAGAGCGCAUCGCCAUCUGGGCAGCCACCGAUCACAACACGGACAACACGACUGCCAUGCUGCGGGAGUGGCUGAAGAGCGCCCAGCAGCUCUAUCACUAUGUGGAGUGGAGGCCGAUGGAAGAGCCGCGGUCCUACACUGAUGAGUGGGGCCCGAAACACUGGCCUCCGUCCAGGUUCAAUCACGUGAUGAAACUGAGACAGGCGGCGCUGAAGGCGGCGCGGGAGAGAUGGGCGGACUACAUCAUGUUUGUAGACAGCGACAACCUUCUGACCAACCCUCGAGUGCUUGACUUGCUGAUGGCUGAGAAUCGGACUCUGGUGGCGCCGAUGAUGGAGUCCCGCUCUCUUUACUCCAACUUCUGGUGUGGCAUGACCCCACAGGGUUACUACAAACGGACCCCGGACUAUCAGCCAAUCAGGGAGUGGAAACGUCUGGGCUGCUUCGCGGUCCCGAUGGUUCACAGCACUUUCCUCAUAGACCUCCGUCGUGAGUCCAGCAGGGACCUGACCUUCUAUCCACCUCACCCAGACUACAGUUGGGCGUUUGAUGACAUCAUGGUGUUUGCUUUUUCGGCACGGCAAGCCGGUGUGCAGAUGUACGUGUGUAACAGAGAGCCCUACGGCUUCCUCCCCGUCCCCCUGAAGGCUCAACAAAGUGUGGAAGAUGAGAGUGAGAACUUUAUACACACCAUCACGGAGGCUUUGAUCGACCACGACAUUGAGCCCACGCAGCACCUGUACUCUCCGGCCCCCACGCAGGACACCAUGGGUUUUGAAAAUAUCUUCCUCAUAAACUUGAAGCGCCGACUGGACAGGAGAACCAGGAUGUUUAAGUCUCUUGCUUCCCUGGGUCUCCAUGCCACGCUGACUGAUGCAGUGGACGGCAAGGCGCUGAACACGUCCCAGCUGCAGGCACUGGGAAUAGAAAUGCUGCCAGGAUAUAAAGACCCCUACUCAGGUCGAGUGCUGACGCGGGGAGAGAUCGGCUGCUUCCUCAGUCAUCACUCGAUAUGGACGGAGGUGUUGGAGCGUGGUCUUGAGAAGGUCCUCGUGCUAGAAGAUGAUGUGAGGUUUGAGCCGCGGUUCAAGCGGCGGCUCCAGGCCAUCAUGGACGACAUCGAUAAAACCCAGCUGGACUGGGACCUCAUAUAUGUGGGCCGGAAGCGGAUGCAGGUGCAGAAGCCGGAGAAGUCGGUGGACCAAGUCAACAACCUGGUGGAAGCAGACUACUCCUACUGGACUCUGGGAUACGCACUGUCUCAGCAGGGAGCCCGGAAGUUGCUGGCGGCUGAACCGUUCAGACGGAUGCUGCCAGUGGACGAGUUUCUACCCGUGAUGUUCAACAAACACCCCAAUGUGGAGUACAUGAAGCAGUUCAAGCCCCGGGACCUGAAGGCCUUCUCGGUGGAGCCUCUGCUCAUCUAUCCCACCCACUACACUGGAGAGCCCGGCUACAUCAGCGACACUGAGACCUCCACCAUCUGGGACGACGAGGCCGUGGCCACAGACUGGGACCGACAACAUGCCCGAAAAACCGCCCAGCAGGACCACAUCCAGUCGGUGGCACAGAACUCCGUCACCGGAGACUCGCCACCGCCGGCCUCUCGGGCAUCACGAGAUGAACUUUGAUGAGCCAAAGACUCCAGAGUCUGAGACAGAGACUCGCCCCCAUGACACGCACACACUUGAAUAGACUCCCCACACAGACAUGCUGGUGUCUGAGCAUCUCAAAUCUGUGACAGACAGGGAACCGGAUCUACGACCAGGACCAGAAGAGCCUUUCUUCAAUCUUUAUUUAUUCAUGAAUUGAUAUUUAUGAGUUAAUCAGGUGAGUUGGGUCUAAAAAAAUAAAAUAAUAUAAAAUGACAAUCAUCUUUCAAACAAGCAACAUGUGACACAUUCCUUAUUGACAGAGUAUUUUGUAUGUUAUUGGUGGAGAAGUAAGAGUCAUUAAACUGUCA